AUGAUACGCUGGAAGUACGGAAUUCACUACCUCAUAUGGCUCCUUCUCGUGCUGCAUUUGUCGACGUGUCAAUCAGAUUCCUCUCUGACGACGUCGGCCGAGCAGCACGAGUUGUUUGCCAUCAAGAAGGACUCGUUGUCUCCGUGGUCUCAAAUUCUUGUUUCAUUACCACGGAGGCAUCCUUUGUAUCAGAGUUUUGCUGCCAAGAUUCAAGAUGUAACUGAGAAUAUAUCGGAUGAUGUUAGAGACGCGAACAAAACAUUCGUUUCGUCCGAUGAUUCUCCAUAUAACAUCAGGAUACAUGCUCUGAAACCAGGACACCGAUACUCAAUUGCUAUCCACGGCCAAAAAGAUGGAUCGACCUCCUUGAUAAAAGAAGAAUCGGUUGUUAUGGACCCUCGGGCUCCCGACUUCCGAUCAAUAGAUUCUGAUAUCCAGGUGGCAGAGCACAACAUCACAAUGAGAACAAUUAAGAACGAUUCUUACUUACAAGACUCUUUCUCAAUUGAAUAUCGUCAGAUUAACCCGGAUAAGAAGUUUCCAGUACUCCAGAUUUUGGAUAUUCCGGAGCAGAAGAAUUUGGAAUUUUAUUUGGGAAACUUGAAUUCGGGAUUUGACUAUUCCGUUCGAGUCAUUGCUCAUAAAGACGGAAUUAGCAGUAGACCUUGGAUUUCUACAUUAACCACAAAACCAUCACCGGUCAAAGCAGUAAACAUAAAUCAGAAUUCUGGGUCUUGUGUGGAAGUGACGUGGCAAACGGAUGAGUUCAGUGGUGCUGACUUUUAUACAAUCCAAUAUGCACUCCAAUCAAAUCCAUCAAAUUCUACAAAUAUGACAAUCCCUUCGACCGAAUCGUCGAUUUCCAUUUGUGACUCGAUGCUCCAAGGAGAGGCAUAUCAAAUUGUGGCGACUGUUCAAAAAGGAGGUCAAGUUUCGGACCCAUUGCUCACUAAGUUCCAGUUGAGACCACUUCCACCGAUUGACUUUCGAGUACGCGCGGAUUUAAAGCGUGGAAAGUACAAGAUGCUCGCAGAGCUUCCGACGUCUUCUAAAAUCGACAAGUGUCAGAUUACUGUAGCUGGAGAUGAAGUUGAGAGAUCGAUCAAUUAUGCAAAUAUUGAACAGACUAAAUCUGGACACAGAAUAUGUUGGUUCAACUUUGCCCUGUCUCCAGGAGAACGAUUCGACUUUUCCAUUUCCUCGAUAUCAGAUGAAUCCACGAGUCAGAAGCUUCAAAAGAGUAUUGUUUUAACACCUGCAUUCGAUUUCAAUGCAUUCGGAUUGACACUUCAAGAAUCAAAUGGAGGUAUUGAAUUGAUUUGGCCGAAGAGUGAGGUGUUCAUGUCGAGAGUCAAGGAUAUCUGGAACAAAGUUGUCGGAUCGGAUAGUCUUCUGAAUAUGAGAAUAACACCAAUUGGAAGCAUUGAUAAUACUGAUAAGACAUUAAAAUUUGAAACUUCUCCGAAGAAUUUGGAUCCUGUUUUUGCCAAGAAUCUUGUGAAAGGAGCAUGCUAUCGAGUCCAACUGUUCACUGUAACUAAAACUGGAAUUAUCUCGGAGACACGACACAACGAGACAAUCAGAAUGUCGAGUCCCGCUGUGAACGUUUCUUUGGAAAGUGUAACAAGGUCAUCAGCAACUCUUCGAAUUGUUUUUGCAACUCACCAUGAUUCGACAUCAAUUUCCAACUGUCAAAUGCAUAUCGUCGUACGGGAUAUGAACGGAAAAAGUGUGUUCGAUAAGCGAAUGCAACUCACUUCCACAUUCGCCCCACUUCUAAACCUGGACGGUCUGAGACCAUUUCACAAGUAUACGGUAAAUACUCAAAUCAUUUGUGGAGGUGGACAUGAGACGCCACAGUGUCCAGCUGCUACACGGACAAUGAGGCAGUUAUCGUUUUCAACGAGACAGGAUAAACCGGCCGCUGUGCAGAAUUUGAAAGUCGAACCGUUGAACUCCUACUCUGUGAUGCUCACUUGGCUACCACCAGCUAUGCCAAACGGAAUCCUGACCCAUUACAAUGUGAAUGUUACCAAAAUGGGAUCAGACGAGACCAGAACCAUCGAUGUCGGAGUCUCUUCGAAUCGAUCUGAUCACACUGUCCAAGUUAUCGUUGAUGAACUUUUCGGAGGACACACCUACAACUUCAGUGUCCGAGCUGUAACAGAAGCUGGAUUUGGAGAAACGUCUCCAGUGAUUCCAAGUGUUUCUAUGCCUCUGAUGGCCCCUCCAAAACCAACGGCGGCUCCGAUGAUAAUGAAAGAGAGUGUCGGAAGCCAUAGUAUGAUAGUUAGAUUCCCUACAACUAUGUUUGAUAAUAGGAAUGGUGAAAUCAAGCAAUUUGCUAUAAUAGUAUCUGAAACUACAGCUGACGAUUCCAUAAAUAGAUGGCUUGAAACGGAUAACGGAACUUAUACAUGGCAACAAGUUCAACGUUUCGAUGUUUGGCCGUCCUUUGUAGCGAAACUUCAGGAUAUCCAGAAAGUAAAACAAGACGCUGAUGUGUCGAUUUUCGAAGAAUUAGGUGACGACGAGAGUUGUCGAGAGGUUAGAGCGGAUCGAAUUUGCAAUGGACCUCUCCGAUCGGCAUCAAAGUAUCGCGUCAGAAUUCGUCUUUUCACUUCUCCAACACUUUUCACAGAUUCGCCACCCAGUCAAGUGAUGACCACCGCCUUUCUUUCUCCUCGAAGCUCAGCAACUCCUGCCAUCCCAUUUGUCACUGUCGCCAUCGUUCUGACAGUGAUCGUGUUUGCUGGCAUCGUCGGUACGGUCUUCCUUCUUUUCUGGAAUCGGACAAAGAAAGCGAGACAUAUUUUUAUUAGUAGAUCAAAUUGCAGACUCGCAGCAGCGGCAUUCAAGAACGGACCCUCAAAAGAGAAAGAGUCUCAGUGGGAGGCACUCAAAAUGAUGAUGGCAGAGAGAGCCGCCGACUGCCUUGCCAAGCUGGGCCUCGACGCGACGACACCGCCACCGUCAUCGACGACGACGAGCUCCAACUCGCCAACGUCAACCUCGACGACUAUGACGGACUGUGGCAGUAAUCCACACCUCGGAGCACCCAACGCCAAUGCUGGAGGACACCGACGAACGAGGAGUCUGCGGGAGCGGACAGGUGUCGAGCAUCGUCUCGAGCGUCUCUCGUCAGGACCAAUUCAUCGAACACCACUCUAUACGGUCGUCAGUGGAGCCAAUACUAAUAAAUCAAGACCAGUAAGACUCGAAGACUUCGCCGAGCACGUGCGACUGAUGUCAGCAGAUUCUGAUUUCCGAUUCUCUGAGGAAUACGAUAUGAUGCGAAACGUGGGUGUUGGACAAUCAGUCGCCGCUUCAGAAUUGACUGUAAAUCGACCGAAGAAUCGUUUCACCAACAUUCCUGCCUAUGAUCAUUCCCGUGUGAAGCUGUCAAAUCCGAAUAAUAUCGAAGGAGGCGACUACAUCAAUGCCAAUUAUGUUCCCGGAUUCUCGUCUCGUCGAGAGUUCAUUGCCGCCCAAGGUCCUUUACCAUCGACACGUGAUCACUUCUGGCAGAUGACGUGGGAGCAGCAGUGUCCAGCGAUCAUUGCAUUGACGAAGUGUGUGGAAAAGGGACGAGAUAAGUGUCAUCAGUACUGGCCGGAUCAUGAGAAUGUGCCUGUUUUGUAUGGAGAUAUUGAGGUAACGAUAAUGGCUGAAAAAGAGUACGAAGAGUUUGUGAUCCGAGAUAUUCGAUUGGAAAAAGUGGGUCCAGAAGGUCGAGCGACCCGAUACGUUCGUCAUUGGCAUUACAUGGCGUGGCCAGAUUUUGGAGCACCAGCCCAUCCGAACGGAAUCAUUCAAUUCUCUCGAAUGUUCCGACAUCAGCUACCACAUUCACCUCACAACGAACCAACGAUAGUACAUUGCAGUGCUGGAGUUGGUCGUUCUGGAACCUUCAUCAGCAUCGAUCGUCUCCUACAAACUAGUUCACUUGGAGAGCCAAUCGAUGUAUUUGGAACAGUUUGUGAGAUGCGAUAUGAGCGGUGUCAGAUGGUGCAGAAUGAACAACAAUACAUAUUUAUUCAUUAUUGUGUUCUUCAAGUCCUUCAAGGAUCUUCUCCAUCACCCACGUCAUCUUCAUCAGGUGCUCAUCACAACGCUGGUUUUGUACAAGAUGGAAUGAUGGUCGAAUCGGGAUUCUGA